CAAACUGCCGCUCUUUCUAGUCGAGAUGAGAACCAUGUUAGCUGCCUGGAUCGUGUUGUGUGUAGUUGCCUAUCUGGGCUUGUUUAGCACGACGAAUGCGGCGUGUACUCGUAAUGAAUUUCAAGCCUGCACAAAGGAUAUGAAUAAAGUUCAAGAAAACCCUGGAGACAUAAAUUUAAUGAGCAAAUUUGCUAAAGAAAUCACAGACUGCUACACGGCAUUAUUGCCCUCGUGUGGUAAAGAACUGAAGAGCAAAAUUAAAAUGGGAUUGGCACAAAUGAAAAUGAAGCUCACCAACUGCCAGGCUGGUGAUUCAGACUGCAACAUUAUGAAAUGUAUGAGCAUAAUGGGCAAUCUACAGCAGCAACAGCAAAGCGGUCCCACCCAAGAAACUUGCAAGAUAUCCAAACAAGCUAACGAAUGUUUCACGGAACAAAAAGCAAAAUGUCAAAAUAAUGCAGAGGCUAAAGCCCAAAUUGAACUCGCGUCGGUUGGUAUCGUAACGAUGAGUUCUGCUUGCAAAACAAUGAUCGAGGAAGAUGAAAAAAAUAACCAAACAAAGCAAAAAAGGGAAACAAACAAAGAACUAACUGAAUCAGUCUGCAGCAACGUAGCAUAUAUUGCAAGUGGAUUCAUCAAUUACGUUUUCACAGAAGAACCCGGUCCCGAAGACAGUGGUGCAAGGGGUGUCGUGCAAAUACGCCAGACUCCUUUCUUGAUUAUGACGUCAGCUAUCACACUGUUGCUGCGUGCUAUGUUUAAUUAAUUAAUGUUUAAGUUUUGUUCAUGUUUUAGCUUUUUAAAAAAUUAAUUAUUAAAUGGUCUGUUGAUUAUUUUCUUUUUUUUUAAUAUAGAGUAAUAUUUUUAAGUAAUUUUCAAUUGUCAGAUUUUUAAAAUAAAAAGUGCGCUCAUCUUUUUAAGAAUAAGCGAAAGUCAGCUAUAUUAUUUUAUUACGGUUGAUGUAAUUUAGAUCACAUACGAGUUUUUAAAAAUGUUCUAACAUGCCUUAUUUUUUACUCAUAAAGUGCUCUUUUAAUUUGAUUUUAAACUUCCUUAAUAUAAGUUUAGUGCAGCAUAUUAUGAUACAUGGAAAAUUUCUGAUAUAAUUCAAGGA